AUGGCGUCCGACUCUCAAGGGCCAGUGGUGGUCGGCAUUGCCAUUGCCUUUGCAGUCGUUACUUUUGUGGUCAUCUGUCUGCGAAUGUUUGCUCGAGUCGUCGUCCUGGAACGGUUUUUCUCCUGGGCUUUCAUCUCUGUGACUAUCGUCUCUGUCCAGAAAGGACUGGGCUCUCAUCUUGUCGAUGUGGAUAAGAACAACCUGGUCUCCUACUCUUUCGUCGUAUGGCUCAGCUCGAUGUUCUACCUGGCCUGUCUGGGCUUCAUCAAAACAUCUGUCUGCUGGUUCUACACCCGCAUCGGCGACAAGACGCUCACCCGAAUGUCCUUUAUCAUGAUGGGCGUCGUCGGCACCAAGGUUGCGGUAUUCGUCAUGGUUGCAGCGUUUCAGUGUCGACCCAUCCCUAAAGCCUGGAACGCGUCCUUGCCCGGUCACUGUGUUGAGAUCAAUAUCUUCUAUCUCUCCAACGCGGCCUUGAACAUCCUGACCGAUUUGCUCACCUACACGCUCCCUAUCAAAGUCAUCUUCAAGCUGCAGAUGCCCUUCAAGCAGAAGUUUGCUCUCGUUCUCAUCCUCUGCCUGGGUCUUUUUGCCUGCAUCUCCUCAAUUAUUCGCAUUACCUACAUCCCCACCAUGUUAACCUCGGCCGAUUUUACCUACGCCAUCAGCGGUGCCAUGUACUGGUCCGUGAUUGAGACCAACGUCGGUAUCCUGGCCGCCUCCAUCCCCUCCUUCAAGCCGAUUGCCUCCCGCUUCCUCCCCCGACUCAUCGGCGAGUACUCAUCCGGGCGCAAAUAUGGAUCCGCGUCCAAACUGACGGGAUCCAAACAAACGCGCUCGGGAUUCUCACGGUUCAAAGACAGUGUGACACUGACCUCACUGAGGACCAAGGAGGCGGAGGACAUGAUGACGCAGAUUGGGACAGGGUACCGCAGGAAUUCCAGCGAGGAGAGGAUCGUGGUGCCGAAUGGGAAGAUCUGGACUACGACGCAGAUCGAGACGAAUGUCGAGAUCAGCGACGCUGCUGCUACACCGUGA